AUAUAAGUUUUUGUCACGAUAUAAAUUUAAGAUAUAAAGAACACAACCAUUGCGUGAACCAGAAACGGUCCUUUCGCUUUAAUGAUCUUAGCGUAAUAAAAUUUCUUUUGGGUUGACUUGUGGAUUUUUGUGUUAUGUAGAGUAGAAAUUUGAUGAAUAUUUGGUGGGGAGGAGUUUAUGGUUUGUAUAUAACCUUCGAGGCUAUUACUUCAAUUGAAAACGUAUAGCCCCAAGUUUCUUGUCAAAGAAAUUUUUUGAAAACAACGACUAUCCAAAGCAACGCUUGCAAUGCUUUAAUCAUAAUAAAAAGUAUGCGUGUACAGUAACCAAAUUUUGUGUAUAGACCGUAUGAAACACGCUGUAUAAUUGAUGAACAAAAUGUUUUUUCCUAUUUCUCAAACUGUUACGUAGACAAUUUUAUUAAGAACAGUAUAGUUUAAAACAAAAAAAACAAACAAUAUGUAUAAAACAGUGUUUCCAAGAAAAUUACCUUUCGUUUAGGCAAAUGAAAGUGAAACAGUGAAAGUGUUUUAAUAAAUAAAAUAAAGCAAAAAAAGUAUAUGCAUCUUUAAUUAAUAAGAAAAACGGAAAUUGGAAUGUUUGCUUUACAGCCUGCCCCGACAAUGGGUACCGUUGUCGCACCCUGGUCUGGGUCGAUGAUUGAUCGGUUGUCAUCACUGGAAGAUAUGCCACCAAAAGACAAUGUCAUAUCCAUGAAAAAUAUACCGUGUUUGGGCGUUACUGGUAGUGGCGGUGACGUUGGCGCGGAGGGCAUUACGACAGGAAAAGCUGCUACUGCGGUUCUGGAUCCAACUACCGCGGAAGCAACAGCAACGCCUCACGCCUCAACCUAUUUUGCGUCCACCUACUACCAUUUAAACGACGAUGAAUGUCAUAGCGGUGUCAAUCAGUUGGGUGGUGUUUUUGUAGGAGGCCGACCGCUUCCGGACUCGACACGACAGAAAAUUGUUGAACUGGCCCAUUCCGGAGCAAGGCCUUGCGAUAUAUCACGUAUUCUUCAAGUGUCAAAUGGUUGCGUGAGCAAAAUUUUGGGCAGAUAUUAUGAAACGGGGAGCAUACGGCCUCGCGCUAUAGGUGGUUCUAAACCUCGUGUAGCCACCGCUGAGGUAGUUAGUAAAAUUUCUCAAUAUAAACGUGAAUGUCCAAGUAUUUUUGCAUGGGAAAUUCGCGAUAAACUUCUGCAAGAUGGGAUUUGCACCAACGAUAACAUACCGAGUGUUUCAUCGAUAAACCGUGUGUUACGUAAUUUGGCAGCACAAAAAGAACAGCAACAACAGCACACCACCCCGAACAGAACAUCAUCGACCAACGGCAAUGUUGGAGGCAGUAACAGUGGUGCUGCUGCUGAACAUUUAAUGCAAACGUCAACCGCGCCUGGCGAUAGUAUGUCUAGUGAUCAUGUUAGCAUAGAAAUAGUUGCACCUACUACUUUAUCUUUAGAUUUGAAUAGUAACUCCGGCACAGUCACUUCCGAUGCUCCAAUUUAUAACAAGCUUCGACUUUUAAACGACCAUAGCGUUCACCACAGCCAUCACCAACUGCAAAGUCAUCAAAAUCAUUUAACAGCUUCCACUACGGCACAUCGCCAGAUUUGGCCACCCCGCCACUAUUCAUCCUCAUCUUGGUAUACGACAACUUUAAAUGGCGGUGUGACUAGCGCUACGGCCAGCGCCGGAAUACCUAAUACUGGUUCUUCUACAACCAUGGCCUCGGACUUUAGCGUACAGACUCUUCACAGCCAACAACACUCGCUCAGUCCUACCUUAAUGCCAACCCAUACUAACAACAAUUGUUCAAUCAACAAUGCAGAAGACAUUUCGCUCAAGAAAGAAGCCGACGGACACCAUUCAGAUGGAACUGCUUCUGGUGAGGGAGAGAAUUCUAAUGGUGGCACUUCGAAUUUGAGUUGUAAUGACGACGAUCAAGCGCGCCUUAUUUUGAAGAGGAAGCUGCAAAGAAAUCGUACAUCUUUCACUAAUGAACAAAUUGAUAGCUUAGAAAAAGAAUUUGAACGAACGCAUUAUCCCGAUGUAUUCGCUCGAGAACGCUUGGCCGCUAAGAUAGGGCUACCGGAAGCCCGAAUUCAAGUUUGGUUUUCGAAUCGCCGUGCUAAAUGGCGCCGUGAGGAGAAACUGCGAAACCAGCGCCGUACACCAAGUUCUACGGGAGGUACCUCGUCUUCAACUGCUUCGGCUGCGUCAAUUCCAGAUAGUCCUAACAGUAACAGCAUGGGUACUGCACCCUCCACCACUAUCCUGCCAGUAACCAGUGGCACGCGCAUGUUUUUCGAUUACUUUGGUUAUACUGCCCCUUCUACAGAUUCUAUGACGGACAUGGCUCUAUCAUCGCCAUUGCAUGCAGGUAGCGAUGCAACAUUUUCUUCUAGCUCCACAGUAGACGUUCCUAUAGCAACAAAUUCAACAGCUAUUCCAGUGUCAACUCCUAUAGUUGCAACCGCAACUCCAGAUGACUUGAAUCACCCUAAUUCGACUAGCAGUAACAGUAAUAGUGGUAUUAGCACCUCCGGCACUGGUAGCCGUGACAGUUCUGCCAGUAUUGGACCCAGCAGCAAUGAAAGUCGUAAUAGCGUAAACAAUACCUGCUCUACCCCUACAGUCAGCAGCCAUGGAAACAGUAGUACUCUUCCAAUUCAAAUACCAACUACGGCGGGACUCACCAUUAGCCAUCCACAUGCCCAUACUCACGAAGUACAUACAAGCGCAGCUCACAUAAGCGGAGCAUUAGUACCGACAUUAUCACCUCCUCGCCUUAAUAUUAACGGUGGAUUUAGCAGUUCAAUGAGUGCCAUGUAUCCAGCUUUACAUCAUACUCCGAUGCCGAUGGGUGACACCUACAGUUCAAUUGCUCCGAUGGCAAGCUUUACGCACUCCCACCCUUCAAUUACAACAAUGCCUGGUUCACCCAUAACACAGCAGAGAGAUUUGGGUUCAUCAUCUUUUUACCAAUGUCAUGUAUCUUUACGUCCGCCCAUCUCACAUUCACAUCACCAUCAUCAUGGCAUGCCAGGUAGUUUUGGUAGCGCGGCAGGUAGUAGUCAAAUAACUUGCACUGCAGCCAAUUUACAGGGCAUAAACUGCAAUACUACCAGCCAGACAAGUUCAACCUUUGACACUUUAGGAACUUACGGCCACACCGUCGGGCUACCUCCGCCCUUACCCACACAUCACAAUAGUAUACUGGAAAAUUGCGCAGCUCGUCAAACAACGUACAGCCCUCAUUCUCACUCGCAUUUAGGCAACAAUAGCAACGCUGCCGCCACUGUAUCAGCAGCUUCAUAUUCCCAGAUGGGGUACAACGGCUAUGCGGCUGUUGCCGCAGCAGCUUCCGUUACAGCUGCAUGCAACGGCAGUAGUAAUAGCAGUCCCCCCGUAGUUAAUUCACACAGCGCAGCUGGUAAGCAACAGCAGUUCUUUGCGUCCUGUUUCUACUCGCCAUGGGUAUAAGUCAAUGAAUCAGUGAAUGAAUCCUUCACCCGAAAUAUUAAAAAAAAAAA